UUCACUUUUGUACCUGACCGUUACGUUUAAAAACGGUAAUCCAUUAUUCUUGAUAUGAUUAAUCUCCAGCUCAUCAUGAUUAUCCUCACAGAAUUUUGUUCAUCAACUUUCCUUAUUUACAAGAUUUGAUAUAGCCAGAUAUGGAUAUCAGAAUAAUUAUUCGAAUCUCACACCAUUAAAAGAUAAUUUAGAAAAUCAUGACAUAAAUGGUUAUUCAUAUCUUUUAUUGCCAUAUUCUUCUUGACAUAUUAUAAAUAGCGAUCCAGUUUUGGUAGCAGAGGCCACAAACAAAAUCCUCUCUCAAAAAUUCCAUAAACCUAUAAUCUUGUUUCCCUUUUAUAUUGGCUUUGAAUUAAGCCGGCCAUGACGAGGAAGAAAGUGAAGCUGGCCUUCAUCAGUAACGAUGCUACAAGAAAGGCAACAUACAAGAAGAGAAAGAAGGGCCUGAUGAAGAAGGUGGAGGAGCUCACCACCCUAUGCGGCAUCGAUGCCUGUGCCAUCAUCUACAGUCCUUAUGACGAGCAGCCUGACGUCUGGCCUGACAUCGCUGGCGUGGAACGGGUGGUGGAAAAAUUCAAAAGCAUGCCCGAGAUGCAGCAGAGCAGGAAGAUGCUGAAUCAGGAGAGUUUCACGAGGCAACGUAUUGCCAAAACUAAUGAGCAGCUGAAGAAGCAACUGAGGGAUAACCGAGAGAAGGAGAUGACCGAGGUGAUGUCCCAAUGCUUGACAGGCCAGCUAGGAUUGCACAAUUUGACGUUGCCUGAUUUGAAUGAUUUGGGGUUUCUGGUGGACCAAAAGUUGCAAGAGAUUAAUAAGAAGAUGAAUGAGAUCUCUCUGCAAGAAGCUACUCAGCAAGAGCCAGUGGUGAUACCAGAAGAAGCUCCUCAGCAACAGCAAGUGGUGCCAACAACUGUUUCUGACAACGUUGGACUUUUGGCAGGGGGAGUGUUCGAGGAACAAAGGUUGGAUAUUGCUGGUGGUAGCAGUGAUGUCGAUGCCUAUGGAUUGGUGCCGCAAUGGUUCAAUGAUGCUGUGGUUGGCAACAAUGCGACGGCUAAUGAUCAGAAUUUAGGGUUUAUGAACAUGUUUGGAGAUGAGAACAAUCCUGCAGCGUGGGAUAAUUACUUUUGAACAAGAGCAGAGAUGGAGUUUUUCUUCCAGUCAUUUGUUUGAUUGUGAACCAAUUUCAAUUUCUUUCAUUGUGAAACACAUUGUAAACAGAACACAAGAGGUAGACUCAUGCUGUGACACCUCUUGUGGGUUGCUAUUCAUUUUA